GGGGAGGGGAAACAGGUCUUGACUCUUCACUUGGGGCAAGCGAUUACCAAAAGAGAAUCGAAGACGACGCUCCAGAUUCAGAGUUGUGAACUCGAACGGCUUCAACCAAGCUUUUGAUCAUCUUGAUCUCCAUUCGAGCCAGAGUUUCUGUGUACGCUAAUGGAUGCUCAAGUCUCCAGUGGCCGCUCACCGUCAGCCAACGGUGCCGUUGAAGAGUUGCCCGUCUGUAACUACCAAGUCUUCCUCAGUUUCAAAGGACCAGAUGUCCACCAUAACUUCAUCGAAUGCUUCUACGACCACCUCAUAAGCUCCAGGAUUGUGUCAUUUAGAGACCGCGAAGAGAUCAAUCCCGGUGAAAGGAUCAACAACAAGAUCGUGGAAGCCAUCAAGCGUUCCGACAUCUGCAUCCCUGUCUUUUCCAAGGACUUCGCUUCCAGCGCAGCUUGCCUGAUGGAAGUUGCCCAGAUGGUGGAGUCGGAGAAACCCAUUCUUCCCAUUUUCUACGGCGUCAAGCCCUGCGUUGUUCAAUACCAGCAGGGGACGUAUGGAACGGCCUUCAUCAAGCACAAGGGACCUAAUACCAGCAGGGGACGUAUGGAACGGCCUUCAUCAAGCACAAGGGACGUAGGGAUGCCGAGACAAUCACAAAGUGGAAGAAUGCUCUGGCAAAUAUUGCUGGGAUUUUGGCAUUUGAAUUGGAGGAUGUGGACAUGA